CGUUCACUCUUGACUAAACCUCGGAUAGGAAGAAAUUGCGCAAGCGAGAUCGAGAAUCGAAGAGCUGGAAGAGCAGAAUUCGACCUUACAGGAGGAAACCCAACACAAGUCUACUGAAUUAGAGCAACUAUCGCAAGCAAACAGCGAGAUGUCGAAAGAGCUUUCAACAUUGCGGGACCGCACAAGUCUAUCACAACAAAAUUGGCUUAAGGAGAAAGAAGAAUUGCUUGAACAGGAAAAUUACCUACAAUCCGAGUUUGAGCAAGCUAAGGAGGCCAUGCAUAACUGGGAAGUGCUGGCAAUGGAGGAGCGGUCAGUCAGAGAAAGCUUGGGAGAGAAAGUUGUAGAUCUAGAGGAACAGCUUGCUACCGUGAAGGAUGCUUACGAGAAGACUGCUGCCGAACGUGAUUCCCAAUUGGCCACUGUGGAUGGGCUGCAGCGUGCGCUACAAGAGAUCCAGACAGCACGUAAAAAGGAACUCCGUGAGCUUGUGGAAAGCUCCGAUGCUCAGCUAGAAGAGUUGAAGCGGGCGCUUCAAGGCGCAGAGGAGAAAGCCUCAAAGGCCGACAAGGCUCUCCAGGAUGCCCAAACAGAGCUUGAGCGGGUACGGCCGUUUGAGAAAGAGGUCAAGGAAAAGAACCUCUUGAUUGGGAAGCUCCGACAUGAGGCAGUAACGCUGAACGACCACCUGACAAAGGCCCUGCGGUUCCUCAAGAAAGGCAAGCCAGAGGACAAUGUUGACCGUCAUAUUGUCACGAACCACUUGUUGCAUUUCCUUGCUCUCGACCGGUCAGAUCCCAAGAAGUUCCAGAUCCUGCAGCUUAUUGCCGCCCUCCUAGGCUGGUCUGAUGAGCAACGUGAGCAGGCAGGUCUGGCGCGUCCAGGGGCGUCUAGCACGUCUAGCAAACUGAGGGUGCCGAGCACUCCCGUCCACCGCACGCCGAGCAGCCAGACUUUGGCAACGGAAUUUCUGGAUAAUGGGAACUCUAACAAAGAGUCGCUAGCGGAGCUGUGGUCCAAUUUUUUGGAGCAGGAGUCGCAGAGUGCCGAGCACUUACCACCAAAGCCGUGAAAUAGAGACACUGUGGCUGCUGUCACUGCUGCUCAGAAUUCGACCAAUCCUAAGUAGAAUCCGGGCAGAUGCGGGUGUUUUCUUUAAUAGGUUUUACGAUAAGCAGGCUCUUAUCAGAAUAUGUAUUCGCCAUCACCUUGUCCUAAUUUUAUAUAUCUUUUCCUAAAACGGCUGGCGUUCCCCCACCGCCUCUGGUUCUGCCGUAACGGUACCACCCAAAGUAACGG